GACCAAAAGUAGGCUCCUGCUGCUUGCAGUUUUUACAUCUUCCUUGUUUUGAAGGAAACUUCGUCCGUUAUCGUUAUUGUCUCUUUCCAGGGUUGAGUAGCGAGUCGCUAAAUGCUGGCUCACGAGUUCUGAAGCAUUCCGGUCUCCCUGAAUCACCGGACGUUCCUCGUGACGCAGGCGAGGUAGCUACACACUGCAAAGCGUGUCUUUCUAUGCGAACUUUGUCGUGUAAUACUUGACCCGCGAAGAGACGGACCGUCACUCACAGUCGGCGUCUGCCUGUCACACACGUAAGAAAAGAGAGACAUAAAUUGUCUCUGGAGCGUCGUACGUGAUCGGAAAUAACAGGUAUCACGAUGAAGUUCGUGGCGGUCCUGUUCCCUGUUGGUGCCGCAGUCCUGCUGGACACUUUGUUCUAUGCCAGUACCGGACGAAAGCAAUUUGUGAAUUUCCUUUUCCAGCAGGUUGACGACUCGGAAGCGGCGAGGGAGUGGUUGGCUCUCCGCAAGACCCUGACGGUUGACGAAGUGAAAGUGCUUGAAUACGGAGGCGCUGUGAAGGGCGCUGAAGCAUUUCUUCAGGACCCUGCCGGCGGCGUCUACACAGGAUUGAUCGAUGGGAGGAUCGUGAAGCUGCUGAGUGACGAUGACUACGUCGACAUCGCAUGCUUAGGGUCGAACUGUGGCGGUGCUUGCGCCCUCGCGGAGGCGAAGAAGAAGCAGACAGAGGGGAAUAAUCUUACGCCAGACUCGUGCUCUCGGCCCCUAGGGCUCCAGUUUCUGGAUCCAGAGGCGGCAACAGGGACUACCAAGACUCUUCUUGUCUGCGACGUUUUUCGGGGUUUGCUGAAGGUCAACGUCCCCGCCGAACACCAGCCGAAACGGCUGCAAGAGCCUUCCCCCUUCGAGGUCCUCCUCAGUGAGGCAGGAGGACAGCGUCCCUACUUUUCGAACGCUCUGCUGAAACAUGGAAACCAUGUGUACUUCACCGAUUCUUCGCAGACUAAUAACUUCGGCACGAAGGGUCGCAUCAUUCUCGAGCCUGAUGCGACAGGCCGCCUCGUGGAGUUUAAUAUGAAAACCAAGCAAGCGAGAGUCGUGCUGGACAAACUGGACUUCCCCAACGGCCUCGCAUUCACGCCCGACCGAGAUGCGAUUCUGAUGGUCGAAACGAAGACGCGCAGCAUCAAGAAAAUUCAGAUUACGGGACCCAGGAAAGGACAAGUUGAAGACUGGGUCCGAGAGUUGCCGUUUGUCCCCGACAACAUCACAGAGCUUCCGGACGGACUGGGAUUUCUGGUCGGUUCUGCGUUCGUCAAAAAGUUCCCUCCCCCGAAAGGGAGCAGCCCCUCUGUCGUCCUGUCGAUCUUCAAGGCUGUACAUCGACGCGUAGCCAACGCACUGUUGUUCACGCACCUCAAGACGGUCGGAAGGAUUCUUUAUCCGCUGACAGACUUCGGACCCUUGAGCAGUGCGUUGGAUGCACUUCUUACGAAGAUCGGCGGCGGCGGUCAUCUGUUUCACCUCGACACGCAAGGCAAAGUUCGCCGGUGGAUUUCGCUGCCUCCUCAGUGUCCGGCGGUGUCGGAGGGGACGUUGGUCAGCUGGGGAAAGUUCCCCGCAGGCCAUGUGAAGCUGUCCGCGGACUCACACUUUCUGUUGGUAGGCUCGUUUGCGAAAAACAGCAUUUGCAAGGUUCCCCUCGGUGCGCUGCUCGACUCCAUUUGA